CCCGCGCGCGGCCCACGAGCGGGUCAGGCCCCGGCCGCCGCGCCGCCCGCUCACCAUGCACUGCCACGCCGAGCUGCGGCUCAGCUCGCCCGGCCAGCUCAAAGCAGCCAGGCGGCGCUACAAGACCUUCAUGAUCGACGAGAUCCUCUCCAAGGAGACCUGCGACUACUUCGAGAAACUUUCCCUCUACUCCGUGUGCCCGUCGCUGGUCGUGCGCCCCAAGCCCCUGCAUUCCUGCACCGGCCCCGCUUCCCUUCGGGCAUACCCUCUCCUCUCAGUGAUCACCCGACAGCCUACGGUCAUCUCCCACCUGGUCCCUGCCACCCCGGGAGCCGCCCAGGCACUGUCCUGCCACCCAGCCUCCGAGGCCACCUCCGCUGAGGCCCCAGGGGGCGAGGCCCUAGGCAGCAGCGAGUCGGAGACAGAGCAGCCCACGCCGCGGCAGAAGAAGCCCCGCCGGAGUCGUACCAUCUUCACCGAGCUGCAGCUCAUGGGCCUGGAGAAGAAAUUCCAGAAGCAGAAGUACUUGUCCACCCCCGACAGGUUGGACUUGGCCCAGUCUCUGGGCCUCACUCAACUGCAAGUGAAGACUUGGUAUCAGAACCGUAGGAUGAAGUGGAAGAAAAUGGUUCUGAAAGGUGGACAGGAAGCACCCACAAAACCCAAAGGUCGCCCCAAGAAGAACUCCAUCCCCACAUCGGAAGAGAUUGAGGCUGAGGAGAAGAUGAACAGCCAGGCCCAGAGCCAGGAGCGCCUCGCACCCUCCCAGGGACAGGAGGAGCUCUGUGAUGCCCAGGAACCAAAAGCAUGCGAUGUCCCCGUGGACGGAGUAGAGCCCCCCAGCCAGCCCCAGGAGUUGCCAGUAGCCUCUUCGGAACCCCCACCAUCAAGCUAAAAUAAAAACUCUUUGUGGGGGAGGGAAGGGGGAGAUGGGAAGGAAAUGAAAAGAGGGGAGUCAGGGAGGCUAGAAAGAGAUCUGCUUCCCAAAGCCUGGCAAACUCCGGGAGAAGAGACGAGCAUCUCCCUGGGUGCUCAGUGGUUUCAUCCCAAGCUUUUGACGAAGACUUUUGCUUGCCUUACAGGCCUUUCUCUUCCCAAAAGGCUGCUUUAGCCACGAGAUGCCCUUGAUGAAGGGAGACAGUGCCUUGGAACUGCCUGCCCCACCUCCACCCCCAGGUGAGGGCUGCAGGGCUCACUCUGGCGCUGGGGUGGCGGAGGACUGCCAGGCCCUCUCCCUGCCAGCCUCUGGGCAGCCAGGCAUCGCAGCAGAGAGAUCGUGGAGGAGCUUGGGCAGCGGGCCUGGCUUCCUUGCUGACUCAGCACUUAUUUAGUAGUUCUAAAAGAGAAUUUAAUGUUUUUUGGUUGUUUUUUUUUUUUUUUUUUUUUUUCCUGGGGGUGGGAGGAUGGGGAGGUUGGGGCCGGUGAGGGUGGGCAAAGAAGAGUUGAGGGAAGGGCGUUCUGAGUUACUAGAAUUGUUCCUGAAUAAAGUUUGUUUGAAGACACGUGUGCCUUUGUACCCACUAUAAGACAGGUGACCCGAGAACUGAGAAGCCUGGUUUUUCUUGCUUUAUUGAGUUGCCAUCUCUGAAGCUGCAAAGCAGACAUGUUAAGAUAACUUUUAUUUUUUAAUUAAAAAUAAAUCUUUCAAAAGGAU